AUGACGCUGCAGGAGUUUUCGGACCUCGAACAACGAGUCUUUGCGCGCGCCUCGGCGCGCGCGGCUCAGCCGGCGCCGCUUUCGAGUUUGGGCCAUUACAAAAUGGCCUGGGGCAAACCGCCUCCGCAGCCGGCGGCCGCCGUCGUGCCGAGCAUGAGCUUAUCCGACCUGCUGUCGGACGAGUGGGUGCUUCAGUGGGUGGGCGGGCUGUUCGUGCUGCAGUUUGGCUGGAUGGCCCUCCUCUACGUCGUCCCGUCGCCCAUGUCGUCCGAUGUCGGCAUGGCGGCUCACCAGCUGACGGCGGCGGUGCCGUUUGCGUACGCCGCCUACCACGGCACGCGGCUGUGGUACUUUGACGAGCAGCACGCGGCGCUGGGCGCCGACGCGCGCGGCCGCCUCUACGCCGCCUCCGAGGACGCCUUCUCCCUCGCUCGCUUCAUGUUUGGGAUGCAGGUCUUCGACCUGUUGGUCACCCUGAUCGUACCGUCGCUGCGCAAGGCGGAGCACUUGGUUCACCACGGGAUGACCCUCCUCACCGCGCUGUGUGGCCUCUCGGGCCCGUUUCUCAUGUACCAGGCCGCAUUCUUCUUCGGCUUCGUCGAGGUCUCGUCGCUGCCGCUCGUGUUUGUUGACCUCUUCCGCCAGUUCCCGCGGCUGCACGAGGGGUCGCCCGCAGGCCAUUCGGUCAACGAGAUGGUGCGGGUCGCCUUCGCCCUCUCGUUCCUCCUGAUUCGGUGCGUCCUCUGGCCGCUGGCGGUGCUGCAGCUGCUGCGUGACCUGUACGCGGUGUGGGCGGCGGGCGAACUGGAGGGGCAGCUGCAGAUGGCUACCUUCUGCGUCACCUGCUCGGUGCUAACCUUCCUGCAGCUGUACUGGGGCGGCAAGAUCGUGCGCGCUCUGCUGAAGAUGCUCGCAGGCGACAGCAGCGGCCGCGAGAAGGAAGCGUAG